CACUAGAGAAGACACUGCCUACAAACUUCCAUAUUAACCUUCAACACCCGUCUAAUCCGAUUAUGACCAUCACUCUGCGCGAAGAUUUCGUGGCUGCACGCGCACAGAGCGAGCUCCGGACCGGCCUAAACGUGGCGCGACGAGAGUAAGUUCGGGUGGGUUCGUUACCAGAGUAAACGCGAGUGCACAGGCGCCUCAAGUCCCCGCGUCAGACCCAAGACGUGACCCCUAAGAAGGCGGAAAGCGCGCGAAGAUGGCGCUCGCGGACAUCAUGUCGGUCGAGAUGAGCGCUAAGUACAUGGACUCCAGCAGUUCGUCGAGCCUUUCGUCUGACUCGGACGACGUAUCGUCGUCGUCAAGCUCAUCGGCGAUCUCCUCGUCCUCCUCCGACUCGGAGUCAGACUCGGACGCGCCACGAGCCUCUGUGAAGAAGAAAACGGGCCCUAGAGCACGCCCAGGCAAGCGAGUGGACGUGGCUCUCUCGGACUACGGGGACGAUUCAGACUUGGACAGUGCCACUAGCGGUGGUAGGAAGAAAACGAAGAAGAAAGCGAAACCUGCGGCUCCGAGAAGAUCUCCCACCAAGAAGAAGAAGGUUGAGAAACUCGCACCGAUAGCAGUGCCUCCGAGCCUCCCACCGCCUCCUCCUCCGCCUCCGCUGCCGCCUCCUACGGCUCCAGACGAUUCUUCCAGUAACAGCUCAUUAAGUGACAGUUCUAGCUCGGACUCAUCCGACUUGUCAGACUCAGAAACGCCGGCUCCUCCACCACCUCCACCUACUAGUAAUGCUGCUAUAGCACCUGUGGCACCUGCUUCGACAAGGCCGAAGCGGAAAGCUACAACGAAGAAGAACGUGUCUGAGAAUCCGUCGUCAUUAAAGGUUACUCUGAAGCUCCCGCCAGGGUUUAUUGCGAAUAGUCGUGGAGCUUCUACGUUGAACUCGAGCAAAAAGCCCUCGUUCCAGGUGACAGAUUCAAAAGCCACGGCGCGAAUUGGAUCAUCCACAGCUAGGAAAGCAAAACCCGUUGCAGGUUCUAGAUCUACGAAGAAAAAGCAGUCCGCAGGUCGCUCACAAGGUGCGACUGCUGCAGUACCGAUACCCCAAGCGAAUGGGGCGUUGCCCGCUGCACCGACCAACCCUGUUGGCCCACCUGUGUUGCCCAAGUUAAUUCCAACAGGGCCUACUGUCCCUGCUGGAGAGAUUCGCGGUGCAAGAGAGUUGUCAUUAGUGGACCCUGCUCUAGCUGGCGAUCAUCCCGAAGAAACGAUCGAGUCCAACAUUCCGGCUCAUUUUAAUGACCCGUACGCUCAUGGUGGUGAUAUCCUGCGCCUUUUGGACAUGUUUUUCUUCUGCGACGAAAAUGGGUACGUCACCACACAAUUUGGCUUGAAGGUGGACUGAUAUUUACUUGGUAUGUUGUCUGGUUGCAGCAAAGCAAUUAGUCUCGAGAUUCUGGAUCGACCAAAAGACCAGCGUCCAAAAAUUAUGGGCUUUGGAACAGUCGUAGAGCAUUUACCACUGGCUGAGCGUCCUCUCCCAAUCAAACCAAUUCUCGCGUCUCCGGCAUUUCCUUCACGCUCUAAGAAGCGUCCGCGAGCUGAUUCUUCUUCAUCCACUCCUGCAAAAUCUCCUGCUUCGAAGUCGCGAGCCAGGCCGAAAGCUAGCGGCUCAAAUGACACUAAACGGGCGAAGGUUGACGAUGAGAGAAUUGAUCAAGGCGAUGGCGAAUUCGAAGAAAAGGAGGGCGAGACCUCAUGCUCCAGAGAAAGUGAUAUUUUCCAGCGGUCGAAUGUGUACCGUUUCCCCAGUCCGUUUUAUCCAAGUCACCUGACUCAAAUGGAUGGACAAUCUGAUUCAGACAGUGGAGGUAGUGAUCUAACCUCAGACGAUGAAGAUAUGCGCUCAGGCAAAAGUGGAUCUGGUGCUGCUUCAGACAACGAUAGUGAGCUCCUCUCCUCCGCCUCUAGUAGCUCAAGUGGGAGUGGUAGUGACUCCGGCAAUUCUUCGUCUUCGGGCGGUAGUGAUGCAGAAAACGGUGAGAGAAUGACUCCAGCAAGUUGGCGCCCAUCUACAAAGACCGCGACGGCCGUUAAUUCGGAACACCCAACCCAACGGGCUGCCGAAUCUAAACGACCUGCUGCAGAGAGAGAACAAAGGAGACCGAGUGCCCGAGUCGAUUCGAGAAAUGCUGGUUUGCCUUCGGACGUUGUCGAACUUAUGCGGACUGACCAUGCUGUUGAAGUCAAUGCGAAGGGAACUCCCGACGAGCUGAACUUGAUGGAAUGCGGUUUCCGUCAUCCUGAUACUUACCCACGCACUCGUGUUUGGCUUCCGGAAAUCACGGAUUGGUGCCUCGAUUACGCAGAGGGAGAUCCUACGUUGUGGGUUAUCACACCUCAUGCAUGGUACAAGAUUGCGGGACCGUUAUCCGGGCUGCUGCCACACGCGUCGUAUCGUGAGACUUUCAAGCACGUUCGGUAUCUGUUUGAAGCUAGCUACCUUGUAGCGUACGUCCUCAAGGAGUGGCUGCCCAUCAACAAGAAGGUGUCAUAUCGGGCCACUCUUCAGCAGAUUAUUGAGCUGUCUCUUCUAGGGAGAUAUCGCGCGUCUGGCUGGUUUCUCGUGAAGAACUACCCAUUCAUCCGGGCUCAGAUAUCUAACCUGUUCCCUGAUAAGGACACCUAUCUGGAGUCGAUGUUUUUCAAACAGCUCCACCGCCUGCACGAAAAUUACACUCUACGUGAGGCGAGGCACCAAAAGGAGAUGGCCGAACGGGAAGUCCGUCGUGCGAAACGAGAGAAUGAGCGUCUUCAAAAGAGGCAACGGGUUGAGGAUGAGCGUCAACGGCUGAAGGAUGAACGAGAAGAAGAGCGGAAACUAAAAGAGGAAGAGCUGAAAUAUCCUGUGGAAGACUUGCGCCUGCUGGAAGGAGAUGCGGUAAACUCUAACAGCCUACCGUUGAAUUGCUCAGACUUGAAGGGCGUCAAAGGACCACUGCUUGGCGAGCUCAUCAUGGCGUGGCAAACGAUCUGCACCUUUAAGGGUUUUGUUGGACUUGAGAUGAUUUCAUUGGAGGCUCUCGUCGAGUGUAUCACGGCUCGCUGUGACGAAGGGACCGACGUUGGUUUGACCAGAAUCUUCAUGGCGUUUUUACGCGUUAUUUUAGCUGAAAAAUCGUUCAUGUCGCCGCUGGAUGAUCUGGUUGUUGAAGGCAACAUUAAGGUGUCGGAUUUGUUUGUGAACAGCGAGAGAACCUAUGGAAUUUGCGAACGUGCCAAUGGCGACAUGCUGAAUGCAGUAACUUGGCAAGAGAUUCUCCGCCAGUUGAUGGCUAAGGAUCUUGGAAUCGACCCGUCCCUUGGUCGCGUGGAACCGUUGGUGGGCUGUGAGAUUGUUCGACAGACGCUGUACAUGCAGAACAACUCAGGCCCCUUUAAUGCCCCUGUUGAUACGUCGUUAAAGGGUCUGGAAGAUUACGCGCAAGUGAUUAAGAAUCCGAUGGACCUGGGCACUAUCAAGAAGAAGAUCGAUUCGGGAGGUUACGAGGGACCUGAUGGAUACGAGAAGUUUGCUGAGGAUAUUCGUUUGGUGUGGGAUAACGCUGUACUAUACAAUGGUGAAGAAUCAGACGUGGGUCGCGCUGCUUUAGCCUUGUCGGAUGUGUUUGAGCAAGACUACGAGCGGUUUGUGGUUGGACGGGUUCGAGCGAACCAAAGUCGUAUUGAAGGUUGCGAAAAGGCUAAACAAACGCUGCAAGAUCCGUUCGCCGGAGAGCUUCAGUCCUUUCAAUACGCCGAUGUUGUGUAUGGAUUAUACUGCUCGGAGUUCCACGAGCUCCCAACCGCGUACAAGAUUGGUGCUCUCUCGUGGAUUUGCUCGGAGUUCUUGACACUAUCUAGUAUUCGCACCUACAUGGCAUCUCAGGUAGAUCAGGAGAUGUUAAUUUACAAGAAUUACAGAAAGCGCGCCGCCGAUUUGGAUUCCCGGAGAAAGCACUCGGACAAAAUGCGACGCGAAAGAGAGAAUGCCUUUAGAAGGGAUUGUGCUAACCAAGGUAUCCAUCCCAACUCGCACAACGUUUUCUCGGAGGGCAUUAAGCGGCGACAUGAGUUCAUCGGCAAGUUUUUCGAAGACCUGCAGGCGGAGAAACUCGAGGAUGAGAAGAACUUGGAGCAAGAAAAAAAGGCGCAGGCGGAGGAAAUGGCCAGUGAGCUGAGCUCGGUUGUCAUUCGCGAGUCUCCUAUCGGAAGAGACAGAUACCACAACUCGUAUUUCAUGUUCAAGCACGAUACAAAGCCUAGGUUGUUUAUUGAGCGUGGAGACUCUGGAGACUUUGUGGUUUGCAAGACUGCAGCUGACAUUACGACAAUCUUGGAAUGGUUGAACCCGAAGGGUGUGCGAGAACUGGAUUUGUUAACCAAGCUGCAGGAGGUAAAAGACAAGCUGCUUAGUAACUUCGAGGAAGAAGACAAGCAAGACGACGAUGCUGCACCAGGCAUUGUGUGGAAUACCAAGGGUGGCAUCGAGCUUCAAAUGUUCCCUCUUCCUGGUGGUGCGAUAAAGAGUGAUGUUAUGACUAUCACGGACGAAGACAGGGUCAUCAAGUCGCAAAAUAUCGCUCGUAAAAUGCUGUUGUGCCUGAAGCAACAUCUCGAAAAUGCGAACACGUUGUCUGCUUCAUGGGACGGUGCCCACACAUGGAAUGCUCGCGUGGAAGCAGCAAAGUCGUUUAAAGACGAGCUUGAUUUGUUCUCUGAAUUGGAGAACGCAGCAGUGGCGGCUUUAAAUUCUGGAGUGGAGACAAUCCGACCUUCAUGGCAGCGAAAGCGACACGAGUGGCGGCUGGCAUUGGAGGGCUCUUGUACAUACGCUCAGCUGGUGUUUUUGCUGCAUUUGCUGCUAGAAGAGUUCCUCAACGUCGAAGCUUUUAUGGACCUGCACAUUCGCUUGGAUCGACGGGAAUGGCUCAAGUUGCGACCUAAGGAGACCCGGAAUUUUAUUCCUGAGGUCGGAAAGACCGUCGUAUACUUCGGAGAUGGUCACGCUCUAGCGUUGAAAGAAGAUGAGAAGUCGAAGAGAAAACGUUUCACGCAGAAAAGUGAUACUCCUGUCCGUAAGGCGAGUGUGAUCUGCACAGUGGAGAAAGUAUCGUAUCAUCACGGCGGAGGAGACCCGUAUGCGCUGGCAGUGUUGAAGCCGAUUUCGGACAUGGCAAACCACGAAUGCAUUCGCGAGCCGGGAACUCUUUUUUGCCCUCUACCCUCGCGAGACCAGAGACUCGCGAGAGUCUUUUUGCGAGUUUUGGCUAAGCUGAAGAUGCUAGCCGAUGCUGGUCCGUUCCUGGAACCAGUGUCAGAUCGGGAGUUCCCACAAUACAAAGAGAUCAUCUUGCAACCCAUGGAUCUCGGGAAAAUGACCACGAAGGCAAGCACGCUGGAGUACAAGAAUGCAGCAGAGUUUAUGACCGACUUGAGACUCAUGCGUGACAACUGCCAGCUCUUUUGCGAAGGUCGCUUCCCGACUUUGCCUCCCUUGGCUCACAAUUUGGUAUAUGUCGCGGACGGACAAAUGAAGAAGUGGGCCAAAGAGAUUAGAGCAUGCGAGGACGUUUCGGGUGAGUUGAAGACGGACAGUUUGUCACCAGAGAAGAAGGGCACCUCCAAGCAAGAUGAAUCCGAGCCUGAGAAAUCGACACAUACAAAGUUGCCGAUUCAGUCAAUUGUGACCAUCCUGCGCCUCGAAAACCGCUUGCCGGAGUAUGUUGUGGACAUCAGUCGAUAUUCGUGGGCAGUGAAUCGUACGUGGCGUUGUGGUGAGAAGUUCCGUAUGCUCUUCCGCAACCCUCAAGGACAGCCAGGUGAGUACUACGGAGGCGUGACUGCAGGGUCCUUACCCUUUGAUGAGCAUGGCAUGCUACCUUGGGAGUCGCUACGCAUUACGUGGGAUGAAGAUGAUGGAUCGGAUGACAACCGCAUUAACCCUUGGUACGUAUGCAGUUGAUUGGAUGAGAGUACUGCUGGGCUGUCGUCUCACUCAAUCGGAUGUCUCGUACUUGAAACAGGGAGGCGGAAUUUCCUCGAGGUGGAAAUCGGGCGUAGAUAGAGAUUAGUGUUCCAAGACCCCCGAUGCACAUGACGAAAGGUUCGCAUGUUUCAACACCUCAGUGAUUCGGUUUGUGGUCAUUGCUGGAAAAAUGAAUAUGAUGAUUGAGCCAAGGCUAACCUGGUGGCGGCGUGCUUUUCUGUUCGCGGUGUCCAUGAAUCAAACGCACGAAUAUUGUUUGAUGUUGAACAGAUGAAACAUGCAGCAACACUUAACUCCGCUCGCUUCGAGAUAUUCCCGAGAAGGCGGAGGUUAUCAUAGCGAACAUGAGGACAAGAAUAAUCCAAACUGCCAUAAGGAUGACCAAAGUCUAAGUUACGAAGUAUCCUUACCCAAGAUCGAGAUGCUAGCUCGACAUACAGGGAUUUCCUAAAUCUGGGAGCUCUGCUAGAGGGGACCUAAAGUACUACUUACUAGCCAUAGGUUCGAGGAGCAUGGAUGCUGCUGGUGUUUUAACCUGGUGUCUUGAGGCGACAACGUAGUGGUAGGUAAGAGCGGCAGGAUCGGGCCUCUAUUUCUUGUUCUGUUUCUUUUUGCUUUUCUUCUUCUUCUUGGGUGUACUUGCUCCGUUGGAUGUACCAGACUUCUUCCC